AUCUAACACCACCUGCCCCUGGGACUCUUAGCUAUAUAUGUGGGAGGAUUUUUUCAGCAGUCUCGCCGCCAUUCAUGGGCCAUUCUUUAUAAUAUUUAAGACGUCCCUUUUCAUUUGUUCCGUUUUCUCUCCCAAUUUUUGUAAUAAGAUUUCAGCUCACUGCCUUGUUUUCUUGGCCGCUAGAGGCGAUGAAUAUAAAGUUGGAUCAAAACAUUAAAAUAAACGUGAUCUGGAGGUAACAGGAAUAAAGACAACAUGCAUAAUAGACAGUUUUGGGCAAAUUGUUGUCUCCUGCUUUACUUUUCUUUUUCAGUGUCAAGCAAGAGAGUGGCGGUGAUGGUCAGGCGGACACACUCUGGUCACUUCGGGAGCCAGUGAGGAGUGUGGAGCACUGUAGCAGAAGGAAACAAGAGUCUGUGAAGUGUGUAUAUUUUUGCUGUAUAAAGACUGCUACUGACCAUCAUGAUCUUACAACACCUCAACAGCCUCACCACCAAACAUAUAAUCCUGGCCAGUUCGUCACCCAGAAGAAAGGAAAUCUUGCAGAAAAUAGGGUUGAAAUUCACUGUUGUGCCUUCAGAGUUUGAGGAGACGCUUGACCCAAAGAGCUACAGUCAUCCAAGCCAGUUUGUGAUUGCCACAGCUCGGGGCAAGGCAGAGGAGGUUGCCCAGAGAUUGAGUGUGCCUGGGUCAUGUCGCCCACACAUUGUCAUUGGAGCAGAUACCUGUAUUAGUCUUGAGGGGCAAGUGUUCGGGAAACCCAAAGAUGUAGAUGAUGCCAUAAGGAUGCUUGGCAAGUUCAGCGGCCGGGGCCAUGAGGUGCUGACUGGGGUGUGUGUACUGGUGGGACGUAGUAGUGGUGAUGGCUGGAGGGAGAUUUCCUUUAGUGAAAGUACUGAGGUCCAGUUUGCUGAGCUACCACCAGAUCUCAUAAAGACUUAUGUGGAUACUGGAGAGCCUAUGGACAAGGCUGGUGGGUAUGGCAUCCAGGGUCUUGGAGGCACCCUGGUGGAGGGCAUCAGGGGAGACUACUACAAUGUAAUGGGAUUCCCAUUGCACCGGUUCUGUCAGCAACUUUCUCUAGUUCUAGCCAAGGAGGGACUGGUGUCUUAGCCUAGUAAGUGAAUAGUCUGAGUGGCUUGUUCCUAUGUGUGCUGUUGCUUGUGUUAUAACAGUGGAGUUGUUAUCAUGGGGUUCAGCAUCUUAUCUAUAAAAGGAGGAGGGUCAUUGUUGAGUGCAGUAUAUCUGUCCAAUUCAAAUGUAAAACUUAAUUUGACUAGGUUUACAUUCCCCAUGAUCUCAGAAUAGUUAAAUAUGGUUUGUUAUAUUUCAGAAAUUUGGUCAUGGAAAUUUAACAUUUACUAAUAAUGAAGUUUGUUAUAUUUCAGAAAUUUGUCAUGGAAAUUUGACAUUUAAAGGUUUCAAAAAUUUUAAUUAGUCAAAUAUAUAUGAAAUAUAUAUGAAAUGGCAUGAUGUAACGUACAAUUUAUAUUAAUUUAUUAUAAUUUGUAUUUAUUAUCUAUGAAUUGAUAUGGCCUUGUAUCUCUAUAUUUAAGGUGGCACAAGCAUGUGUGAGUGAAAAACCUUCAGAUCAUUGUUAUUUAUUCAUUGGUUUCAAUCACAGAACUGUGUUUGUAUUUCAUUUAAUUGGUUGUGAGACAAAUUAAACCAACAUAAUUAGUAAUAACUAAGUAUCAUACAGUCAGGACUAGCUGAGUUUGAGCACAUGCAUACACAUACAUUAUACCUCAAGAAACUAUAAUGAUUGUAUUAAAGUGUGGAGCAUAUGUGCUUGAGUAUCUAAGAUUGAGUACUAUAUUCCAUUCUGAUACACAAACUGGGAAGGGUGAGUGGCAGGCACAGAGGUAUUUAUCAGAAGCAUGGAAAUGAUGGGCAAACAUGACCAAGCAGCUGCCUGUGAGAGCACUUGAGUGAAACACUACCAAAAUUUUUUUUUGUUGGAUCCAUAUGGUAAUCAGUCUCACAUUUUAAGUGCUCAGUGUAUAUUGUCAUCAUGUCCAGUCAUCCUAAAACUAAUACAAAUUAACCAUU